CUCCCCAACUGCAGGGAUCGUUUGCUUGUUUUCUUACACUACUUCGGCCAUUCAGAGAGUUUGGUUUUCCGCAGUGGACGAGCAUUUGCUAGAAGGGCAAAUUCCAAGAAAAGCGAGACGAGACGGGCUCGGCAAUCUGAAGACGGCCACGGGUGCAAACAGCGUCUGCAAUGGGGAUUCUCAACGCCCUGCCCACUUUCUUCAGCCAAUGGCUGGAUGCAACGAGCCUUUUUAUUUUCCUCCUGGUCUUCUUAUUGGCUGCAGACUACAUCAAGAAUAGAGCGCCCAAAAAUUUCCCACUGGGUCCCUGGAGUCUCCCUUUUGUCGGCAACAUUUUCAACAUCGACCCUCUAAAGCCACACAUCUACAUGUGUAAGUUGGCAGAGCGCUAUGGAAAUAUCUUCAGCCUGCGCCUAGGGAGAGACAAAGCAGUGGUGGUCAAUGGGUUCAAGAUGGUCAAGGAGGCCUUGGUCAACCAAGGAGACAUCUUUGCUGGUCGGACGUUAACACCGGUGUUUGAAAGAAUCAACAGAGGCCAAGGUCUGUCCAUGAGCAACGGGUACAUGUGGAAGCAGCAACGCAGGUUUGCUAUGUCCACGCUCAGGAAUUUUGGAGUCGGGAAGAAGACUUUGGAGUCCACCAUCCUGGAGGAGAGCCGAUGUUUACUAGAAGCCAUCAUGGAGAAGAAAGGGCUGCCCUUCGAUCCUCACCUGCUGCUCAACAGUGCCAUCGCCAACAUAAUCAGCUCGGUGAUAUUCGGACAGAGGUUUGAGUACAACGACACUCAAUUCCAGAAGCUGCUGGACGAGAUCUUUGAAGCCCUCUACCUGGAUGGCAGCGUGUGGGGUCAGCUCUACAAUGCCUUCCCCACCGUGAUGAAGCAGCUGCCUGGGCGCCAUAACGACAUCUUCAGAAACUACAAGAAAGUGGUGGCCUUCCUGACGCAGCAGAUUCAGACGCACAGAGAGAACUGGGAGCCAUCAGAGCCACGGGACUACGUGGACAGCUACUUUGCUGAGAUCAUUAAGCGGCACAAUGACCCCGAGGCCCAGUUUGAUGACGAGAACUUGUGCUACUGCACUCUGGACCUGAUCAUCGCUGGCACGGAGACUACCUCGACCACCCUGCGCUGGGCGCUGCUCUACAUGAUGAAGCACCAGCAGGUCCAGGAGAAGGUCCACGAGGAGAUCAACCGGGUGAUUGGACAGGCACGCCAGCCCUCAAUGGAUGAUCGUCCCAAUAUGCCUUACACCGACGCCGUCAUUCACGAAGUGCAGAGGAUCUCAAACAUCGUCCCCUUGAACCUGCCCAGACUGACCACCAGAGACACGACGCUCGGAGGCUACUUCAUUCCAGAGGGCACGCAGAUCAUCCCAAACCUGACCUCCGUGUUAUUUGACAAGAAUGAAUGGGAAACGCCCGACUCGUUCAACCCACACCACUUUCUGGAUGCCAGCGGGGAGUUUGUCAGAAAGGAAGCCUUCAUGCCAUUUUCAGCAGGUCAGAGGAUUUGCCUUGGAGAGAACCUGGCCAAGAUGGAUCUCUUCCUGUUCUUCACUUCCCUCCUUCAGAAGUUAACCUUCCACUCACCUGCCGGCGUGGAGCCCAGCUUUGACUUUCAAGUGGGCCUCACGCUGUCCCCACUGCCCUUCCAGAUCUGUGCCAGCAUGCGGUAACCGUACAUCUGAAAGGACACAAGAUGACCCUGAGGUCCGGAAAUCGCUUGGCUAAUCACUGCACUCCAUGCUGCCCCGUCCUAUCUGAAAGCUUCAAAAUGGCCACCUGCAUGCCUGCCUGCCUACUGAGGGGCUGGCAUCAAAACCCGCUCGCCACUAGUGGGCCCCAUAAUGGCCCCGCUUCACUAAUUCACUCUUUUGUCCCAAGUGUCACAUAAUACACCUUGGAAAUGUGCUUUUCAAAUAAUUCCAAGAGCCAUCAUCCCUUACUCUUUGUCCCUGUGCCCACCUUUUCAUCUCUUCCAGUCCCCCUUGUACUCCAUGGCAGUGUGGACUUGGACAGCAUUGUCCACAAGUUAAAUCCACUUGGAGCCCCUCAAGGAUAACAACAAGGGUUUUUUUUUUUUUUUUUAAUUUGGUGUCCUUUGAUUCUAGUGACCUUCUA